AUGGAUUUCACGGCUUCUUCAUGUUUCUUUAAAGACGGAAAACAUUCUGAAACAAAAGGAGCAGCCAGUAGCAUGGUAGAUGAGAAAGCUGCUGCUGACACAUUAUUUGCAUCCAUUAGAUCUGGAAGAGCAGAUGAUGCUUUGAGUUUCUUCAAUACCAUCCGAGGCACCAAAGAUAUCUACAGCCAGGACACAUUGGACCAAGGUCUUAGUUUAGCUUGUAAACAUGGGAGACUAUUCAUUGUACAGAUUCUAGUAUUUUAUGGUGCUAAUAUUGAGACGAAAGACGACAAUGAGAACACACCACUUUUGAUAUGUGCUGAGAAAGGUUUCACUGACAUAGCUCUGUUACUGGUUGAUAAAGGCGCUGAUAUCAACAGCUACAAUAAAGACGGCGACACAGCACUUUUACUUUCUAUUCAAACAUCCGGGUCCUCAGAGUUGGUUACAAAGCUUCUCGGAAAAGAAAACUUAAAUGUGGACCAUACGAAUAGAAAUGAACAAAACGCUUUCUUUAAAACCAUACAAGUGUUAAAUUUGCCAUUAUCCCGAAUGUUGAUUGAUUAUCAGGCUUACUCAAACUCUUGUACCGAUACACUUAAUACUACAAACACAAACAUUAAAAUCGAAUGCAGAGCCAAAGUAUUAGCUGACAAAGACGAAAGAGAAAUUUCUGAUGAAGAUUUGACUAUAGUUGAGAUGCUAAUAAAGGGUGGAGCUCCAGUGAAUUUUGGUCGUUGUAAUGUCUAUUAUGAAAGCCCUCUAACAAUAGCAGUGAGGCUAGGCUGUUAUGAGUUAAUAAACAUUUUAUGUCUCAAUGGUGCUGAUGUGUCAGAAAAUGAUAUUUAUCAUAAAAGUAAAAUUCCAUGGGAUGAAGUCUUUGCAAAAGGUCGAUGUGACAUUAUACACUUAUUAGCGAAACAUGGAGCAAAGGUCACCAACAAUUUCACUUUAGCUCUCAAUUCCGCUGUUGAACGAGGACAAAUAGAUUUUGAAAAACUAAAACUUGAACUAGAAAACAUUAAGAUGGAAUCUACAUCAAACACAAGUCAAGUAUCAACGAGUAAUGAAGACUGCAAAAUUAGUGCAGACGCUGCAGCUCAACAAUACGAUAUAUUAAACAUGAUUGAGCAAGCUGCUCAAUCUGGCUCACCUAAAGAAAUGCUUGAAAGUUUUAAUCAACUGAUAUACAAAGAGAACAAAUUUAACCAAGAAUAUUUGGACAAAACUCUGAUUUUGUCUUGUAGAUAUGGUAGAGAGUUUUUGGUAAAGAUUCUGAUAUUUCAUGGUGCAAAUAUAGAGACGAGAGACGACGAUGGCAACACACCGCUUUUGAUAUGUGCUGAGAAAGGUUUCACUGACAUAGCUCUGUUACUGGUUGAUAAAGGCGCUGAUAUCAACAGUUACAACAAAGAUGGUGACACAGCACUUUUACUUUCUAUAAAAACAUCCGGGUCUUCUGAACUGGCGAAAAGAAUGCUUACAAGAAGUGAUUUAAAUGUGUACCAUAAGAAUAAAAGGGGAAAUGACGCUUUGAUAAAAUCAAUUGAAGUCUUAAACCUGCAUCUAAUAAGGGUCCUUCUGGAGCACAAAUCUAAAUUUAGUGAGUGUCUACCAUCAAAAGAUAAUUUUAACAAAGAAGAAAUUGCUUUGAAAAUAGCAGAUAGAUUAGGUUUAAAAUCAUUGCUCGAAAUGUUGAUAAAUCAACUUAACCAGGACAAAACAGCUUUGAAAAUAGCUGUUUUGGAAAAGAACAUAUACGUUUUAGAGUUACUCUUAACAUGCGGAGUUUUUAAAUUUGAUUACAGAGAAUGGAUAAAUAGCUCUAUUGUUUCGGAUUUUUUAAUAUCAAUAAUGGAAAUAAAUGCACCAUUGACUGAUAAAGAUUGGGAUAUUAUUAAAGUAUUAAUUCACGCUGGUGCUCCUUUAAAUUGUUAUGGUCAUCUGAAUGGAAAAUUCGAAAGCCCUCUCACAUUAGCAAUCAGAAUGUGCCACUAUGAACUAAUAGAAUUUUUAUGUCUCAAUGGAGUAAGUGUCGAAGAAAGUACCAAUGAUAUCCCCUGGCUUGAUUUGGCUAACAAAGGUCGUUGCGACAUUAUAAACUUGUUAUUUCAACAUGGAGCAAAGGCCAAUGGAAAUGUUUGUUUUACACUAGAAUCAUGUAUUAAAAAUCAGCAAAUAGAUUGUGCAAAACUACUCCUAGAAUGGGGGGCUAAAGCUGAUAUUAGACUAAUCCUUGAAGAAAUUAUACAAAACAACAGGGUUAAAUCUUUUAUGUUUUUAAGAGAAUAUUUCUCUUCCGAUGUAAAUUAUGAGAUCGGAAAACAAGGAACAAAGUUGCUAAAUGUAGCCGCAAAAAAAGGGCACAAAGAUUUGAUUGAAUUGUUGGUAAAAGCUGGGGCAGACAUAAAUGCAAGUUAUGAAGACAAAACUCCCCUAAUGUCAGCCGUUGAUCCAACUAUUAUUGUGUGCUUGGUUGAUCUUGGGGCUGAUGUAAAUAUCUUAACACAUGUAUACGAGUACCCGUUUUCACCUCUACAAUAUUUUAUUACUGAAUGUUACAGGAGAAAAAAAUCUAAAAAGAAAAACGUGCUUGAAAUAAUUAAAGUAAUCAUACAAAAAAAGGCAGACAUAAAUAUUAAAGACAGAGAAGGUAACACUCCAUUAAUGAAAGCUUCAGAAAUAUCAGAUAUGGAAGAUGUUUUACGUGCUCUCCUACAAGCUGGGGCAAAUGUUAAUCAACAUGAUAAGAAAGGGGAAAGUGCUUUACAUUUCGCUGCAAAAAGUAAUUGUAUACUUAAUGCGAAAGUCCUGUUGGAGUUUAAUUCGGAAAUCGAUAUAAAAAAUAACGAAGGAAAGACAGCUCUGCUUUACUCCUUACAAAAUGAAAGUACAAAAAUGGUUCAUUUACUUAUAGGACAAAAUGCGAGUGUAAAUUGUCAAGACAACAAAGGUGAUACUCCUUUGCAUUACGCUUGUUCUAGAUUUGACGAUUCAUUAAAAGUUAUACACCUGCUCAUUAAGUCAGGUGCUUGUGUGAAUCAACAAAAUAGUGAGGGCUAUAAACCUCUGAUGGUAGCAGCAAAAAGGAAAUCAUUUAAAAUGAUAAAACUACUAUGCGAAUCAGGAGCUGAUAUCAAUAUCGUUAAUGAGAAGAAAAACGUAAAUGCCUUCUCUAUAUUUUUGAUCUAUUUAGGUAGAUACGAUACCAAGAGCGUAUUUUAUUUUCUAGAAAAAAGAUCUGAAACUUCUCACUUAAAUCCUGGUGUUAUUCAUGCAUUAAUUAUAAAUGAGGCAGUUGGUUAUUUAAAAACUAUAAUCGGUCUGGGUUUGGGACCUGAUGACGUAACACCUGCCUGUUUUGGUUAUGAAUAUUUAUCAUUUAAGAGAGCUUCACCACUAUUGGUAUCUCUUUUAUUUGGUAACAUAGAUAUAGCUCGGUUUUUAAACGACAUUUGGUUUUUAACAUCAUCUGACGUGUCGUCUCUUGCCUACAAUGAAACAUUAAGGAAAAAGCUAGAAAAAAACAAACCAAGUGAGUGUUUAGAGUUUCUAGACGAGUACUCAUCCCAGCCCAUGUCUCUACAGAAACUCAGUUUUGUUGUCGUGUCGUCAGCUGUAGGUGCUGAUAUUGGGAGAAAAGAACGCGUGCAGCAACUACCCAUUCCAAAUACGUUUAAGGACAAGCUGCUGUUUAAGCAUGCAAAUCAGGUACUUUUGGAAGGGGAAGAAGAAAGUUUGAGUGAUGAGGUUUCAACAAUGAGCACAUUGUCAUUAGACUACUCGGUUGUGUUUCAAUCAGACACCACUUAUUAUAGUAGUGACAGCUCUACUGAUGAUUCAGAUAGUUAUUAUGACUACAAUCCAGAUAAUUAG